GUUAUUAUCAUCAUUAUUAUUGCUGUUGAACAAGUUUACUGUACAAAUGGGAGACAAAUAAUCAAGUGAGAUGAUUAAGUGAGUAAAACGCGCUAAGUCAAGAUAUUCACAAUCAUUUUAUAGUUUAUCAAUGUUCAAAUGACCUCAACUUUAUCUUGCCAUUUGUUUUUGUAUUUGCCAUCAACAACAACUUUUAUUUUUUUAUUCCUUCAGUGUUAAUCUCAACUUACUUUUCCAUUGUCUCUAAUGCCCAAUCAUUUAAUUUAAGCUUGAUUUUAAUUUAGUGUAAACUCUCAUAAUAUCUACAUUAUCUUGAUUGAUAACCUUUGACCAUCCGUUUCUCUUCAAAAGAUGACCUCAAUAAAAGGGAAUACAAAAGUUGCCAUUCAAAAUGUACAACAGAUUGGGUAUAAUAAGAAGAAAGGUUCAAAAGGUGCUUCAGUAGAUGAUAACACCAACGGAACAAUUAAAAGUAAUGAACCACCAAUGGACAGAUCAACUGAAGUUAUAAGAAUUCCAGAUUUCCAUGAAUCCUUUUAUCCUGAAACUGUUAUUAAUCUGUAUUAUAAAAAUCAGCUUGAAGAUGCAAACAAAUUUUGCCAACAAUUUAUGGAGGAUUCAAUUUACUACGCCUUUACUAAAUCAUUGCUCGAUUUCAUGUCAGCAAUAUUUACACUUGAACCGACUCAAUUAGAGGCUGGAAAAAAAUCUCUUCGUCACAUUUCAAAUAUAAUCAACAAAAAACGACGAUCAAAUAGUUUGAUGGAAAGUUUAAGUUCAUGGAUUCGUAAAGUUGAUUACAAUCAAUACACUGAUGAACAAAUUCAUGCUGAACUGCUUUAUUGUGCAGUUGAAUUUUUAUACACAAUGUUAAACGUCUUCUCAGAUCAAAGGAUAAUCACAUUAAUUAGAAGUGCUUUGGCUAUUCGAUCAGCUAACAAUUUACUCAAAAUUUUGGAAGAAAUAAAGAAUACUCGAAGUAAAUAUGAAUCUGAAAAGAGUCGGAUAAAUUUCAAUACAGGAGUACUGGUUUGUUCUGGGACAAUCAAUUUGUUUGUUUCAAUGUUGCCAGAUAAAGUGCUCAAAGUAUUACAUUUUUGUGGAUUUUCAGGAGAUCGCCGACUUGCUGAAACAUGUCUUAAAGAAGCAAUGGAAGUUCGUCAAUGUGUCUUAAGUGAAAUUGGUAUGCUUGGUAUAUCAGGUUUCUAUCUUAACAUUGAACCCAUUAUGGGUGUUCAAAAUAUUAAAUUUGAAAUGAUUGAAUCUUUUAUUCUUAAUGAGUACAAUCAUCAUCCUGAUUCUGCUUUCCCUGUGUACUUCCAUGCUAGAUACAGUGAACUCAAAGGAAACCUGAAUGAGGCUAUUACACAUUACCAGAAAUCUAUUUCUCUGUGUACAGAAUGGAAACAAGUUCACAAUAUUUGCCGAUGGGAAAUGGUUUGGUGUUAUGCUUUACUCGGUGAUUGGACAAAUGCCAUCAAGGAAGCUGACACACUAUACGAAACAUGUUCCUAUUCGCCUGCAACCAACGUUUAUCAAUCUGCUGCAUUCAAAUGCAUGUUAUAUGAAGAAAACAAAGAUCCUAUUUUAAAGAAAGAAAUCGAUGAAGCCAUGAAAAAAGUUCCAGAGCUUAAAAUACGAUAUGCUGGUAAAACAAUUCCCCAGGAAAAGUUUGCUGUAACCAAGGCUUCACUUUACCUUAAAGAUAAUAGGAAACUUGUCUUACCUGCUUAUGAACUUUUUUACUUUUGGAACGUUUUCACCAAUGCUGAAGAGAAACCAGAACUUCUUGAACCAAUGUUAACAAAGGUCAAUGCAAAGCUUGAAUCUCUAUUAAAAGACAAAGAUGAUGAUACUUUUGAUUUACGGGCAACUCUCCUCUUGAUAAAGGGAACCGUUUUGCGUUACAUGAACAAUAUUCCGAGUGCAAUUGAAUGUUUUAAAGAAAUUCUUGACAAUGAAGAGAGUUUAUCAGAGGAAACUUACCUUCCACCAUAUGCAUCUAUGGAAAUGGGACUUGCAUACAUGAAACAAGAGAAAUUCAAAGAAGCAAAGGAAUGGCUGCAUAAUGCUCGAGAUAAUUAUCAUCGAUUUUUCGUUGAAGCAUUGGCUCACAUCAGAAUUCACGCAGCUCUCAGAUACAUAGCAAGCAAAGAAGAAGUUAAUAAUAAUUAAUUCAUAAUUAUUUUCUUAUCUAAAUUUUCGAUAUUUUUUAUUUCGAAAUUGUGAUAAAGACUUUCAAGUCCAAACUUCAUUCCUAUACUCAACUUUUUUUUCUUGUGACAAUGAAUCUCUCCGUGAUAUGCAUAAUUAUUAAGCUGUGUAAACUUAUAUUCUCUUCAGUCGAGUUUGCAAUUAUCUGAUUCUGAUUAAUUGUAUUUUGUAAAAAGAUUUAUGAUUGGACGAUUUAUCAACAAUUUGUAAAACUUACCUUAUGAAACUCAUUAUGGCUGGACCUAAAAUGAGUGAUUAUGUCUUUCAUCGGUUCAUUGGGUUGUUAAUUCUCAAGAUAUUGUAUUGUUUUUAUCUAAAAUUUACCAAACUAUUAAAUUUUGGAUUCUAUUUUCACACUAUA